AUGGGCGUCUGGCCAGUCAACCGUGACGUCACAACAAGUGUGGGAGUAGGGGGAAGGCGCGGCCAUUUGCAUCCUCGAGUGGUGUGCAAUUACGCGCCGCGGCGAAACGAAGAGAACCGACGGACGGACGGACGGACGGGGCUGUGGGCGCCAGACGCCCCUCUCCGCGGACCACACACUGUUUGCCCUGCCUACCGUAAUCCUCCGCCUCUCAACACAAAAACCGGCACACCCAACACACACACACACACACACACACACACACAUAGGCUGCGAGAUUGA